GGAGAAAACGCCGAAUAUCCGUAUGUGUGGGACGGGCACUGUCUGGCUGUUGAUUUGUCUUGCAUAAAAAGCAAACAGGAAGAGAUUUUUUUUCCUUAAAAAAACAAAACAAAAACACGAUUGUCAAUUAUCAGAAAUAAAUAACUGCACAGCAAUGCCAGGAAUCGAUAAACUGCCGAUAGAAGAAGCACUGGAAGACAGUCCUCAGACUCGCUCCCUGCUUAGUGUGUUUGAGGAAGACACGUAUGCCAUAUCCAGCUACUACCAUCAGCUCUUUAAGGCCAUGCAAAGGAUAUAUGAUGCGCAGAAUGAACUGAGUGCUGCGACACACCUGACCUCCAAGUUACUGAAGGAGUAUGAAAAACAGCGUUUCCCACUCGGCGGUGACGAUGAGGUCAUGAGCUCGACUUUGCAGCAGUUUGCGAAAGUCAUUGAUGAGCUCAGCUCCUGUCAAGCCGUUCUGUCCACUCAGCUAGCCGACGCCAUGAUGUUCCCCAUCACUCAGUUCAAAGAGAGGGACGUAAAAGAAAUCCUCACUCUGAAGGAAGUGUUCCAAAUAUCCAGCAAUGAUCUGGACACAGCCAUCAACAGGUACAGUCGGCUGUCUAAAAAGAAAGAGAACGAGAAGUUAAAGGGUGAAGUGAUUGAAGAUGUUUACACCUCAAGGAAAAAGCAGCACCAGACCAUGAUGCACUACUUCUCAGCACUUAAUACGCUACAGUAUAAGAAAAGGAUUGCCCUGUUGGAGCCGCUGCUGGGGUAUAUGCAGGCACAGAUCAGUUUCUUCAAGCUUGGAUCAGAGAACCUCACACAGCAAUGGGAAGACUUCCUCACAAACAUUGGAACCAGUGUACAGAAUGUACGCAGGGAGAUGGACAGUGAGGUGGACAUAAUGCAGCAGACCAUUCAGGAUCUGGAGCAGGCCAGUGAUCUGCUGUACAUGCCCGACCCCGACCCUAAUAAAAUCCCAAUUAACCGCAACCUGACCCGUAAAGCCGGAUACCUCAACAUUCGCAAUAAAACAGGGCUGGUGUCGACCACAUGGGAGCGGCAAUAUUUCUUCACACAAGGAGGGAACCUCAUGAGUCAGUCUCGAGGAGACGUGGCCGGAGGGCUGGUCAUGGACAUAGACAACUGUUCCGUCAUGGCAGUGGACUGUGAGGAUCGGCGUUUCUGCUUCCAAAUCUCUUCCUUUGACGGCAAAAAGAUUGCCAUAUUACAAGCAGACAGCAGAAAGGACUGUGAAGAGUGGAUCGCAACAAUAAAUAACAUCUCAAAGAGGAUAUAUCUUAGUGAGAAGCCUGAGGAAACUGCUGCCAGAGUCAACCAGUCAGCUUUGGAGGCCGUGACUCCGUCGCCUUCAUUCCAGCAGCGGCAUGAGAGUUUUAGACCAAACACGUCAAUGCAGGGCCGACCCCGAGCGGCCCGGACCAGUAGCCAGAGCUCAGCAGGCUCUGAGUCACCUGCUCUCUCCUCGCUGUCUCUGGACUCCCUGGUGGCUCCAGACACCCCCAUCCAGUUUGAUAUCAUUUCCCCAGUCAGUGAAGAGAGCACACCGCAAGCUAAAGGUGCUGCCCAGGGCAGAAGGACGAACCCGUUUGGAGAGUCCGGAGAGGUGCAGUCCGGAGACAGUGAAGACUCCAUCCUGCAUCAGCUCUUCAUCGUGCGUUUCCUGGGAUCCAUGGAAGUGAAGGCCACAGAGAACCCGGAUGUCAUCUACGAGACAAUGAGGCAGAUCCUGGCGGCCCGAGCCAUCCACAACAUCUUCAGAAUGACCGAGUCCCAUCUACUUGUCACCUGUGAUUGCCUUAAGCUCAUUGACCCUCAAACCCAAGUCACAAGAUUAAGGUUCCCUCUGUCCAGUGUGGUGAUGUGUGCAUCUCAUCAAGAGAACAAGCGCCUGUUCGGCUUCGUGUUGCAUACGGCCGGCGGCCGGGUUGAUGGACGCCCCGUCACUGUCUGCUACAUCUUUGAGUCUAAUAAUGACGGAGAGAAGAUCUGUGAUAGUGUGGGACUGGCGAAACAGAUAGCCCUUCAUUCAGAAAUUGAUCGCAAAGCCUCUCAGAAGCAGAGAGAGCAGGAAAAGGCAAAGGAGAAGCAACAAGAAGAGCUGACUAAACAGAAACAGAUUGAAAAGGACCUGGAGGAACAAAGUCGCCUGAUAGCUGCUUCUAGUCGUCCAAACCUGCCAACCGCUGAUGGACAGUUCCUCGUCCUCAGCAAGAGCCAAUCGGAAGACAGCGAUGUCGGGGAGGAGGGGCGGAAAAGAGGUGAAUCUGAUGCUUAAGAGUAAGGAGCAUGAGGAUAAAGUUGAUCUCUACCUGGACUCAACUUUUCAUCUAAAACACUUAAUCUUAAUGACAUUUCCUUUAAAGCUUCUGAUUUUCUAAAGGAAAUUACUUUUGCAAAGUGACUUCAGAAUAUAAAAAAAAACAACCCACAAGUAAUGGAGAGAAGAGUAAUUUUAUAGGUGGGUGGAUUGGGAGAAAUCUGUCAUGAGCUUGUUUUAUUUGUAUUGUAUUUUGUAUCUUUUCCAUUAACGACUUGUAUCGAAAACACACUUUUAGAUGUUUUUGGUUGCUGUGUGAGAGCGUGAGAGAGUUGGUGCACUACUAAUAAAUUGUGUGGUAAAUGGGAUAAAUUUUUUUGGAAGACAUUGCACGUGUGAAUAGCACAUAUUAACGAAGGACUUACUAAUAUUGUAUAUUUAACUUUAUGCGCUAACAUGCCUGCAUGUACUUCAGCUCGUGUCAUAUCUACAUCAGUAACUGAAUUGUAUUGGGGUUGAAUCUAACCAGAUUGUACCUGUCGUGAAUUCUGUAAGACGUGCUUUGCAAAUUGUCAUCUGUUUAAUUAAGGUUUGUGGACGUGGUCACUUUUAGGUUUUUGGUGUGUGUGGGUUUUUUUUUUUUUUUAAAUAAAGGAAAAAUGUAAUAAUUUUAAUCAUUUGUUUAACCCCUUAAACUCCCAGUUUACUACAGAGAAUAAUAAUAAUAAUAAUAAUAAUAAUAAUAAUAAUAAUAUUUAACUAUUAUUAAAUAUUUUGUAACUGCAAUUAAGGUAUGUAAUUACAAAAGUCCUGGGAGUUUAAGGGGAAUUUUUUUUCUUUCUAUAACACAGUUUACAAUUGUAUAAGGUUGUUUAAAAUGUUAAUUGGAUUUAGACAUCAGGUAAAUAUACGCCUUUUUUUAUGUACACACACAGACACAAUUUUCACAUCUGGUUUGUUGGUUUCCAACACUUAUAGAUCAUUGUACUUUGUAAUUAACAUACUGUAAUAAUGAUGCAAUUGUACUUCAUUUAAGCACCAUGUCUGUUAAAUCUUAAGCUAUCUGUAACAAGAAGUCGUUUGGGUUUUUUAAAUUGUUUUAUUGUCUUGUGUUAAUAGUUCAUACUGACCUUCUGUCAAAAGUUGUGUAAAUGUGUUUCUCCCAAAAUGGCCUCAAAUUCCUGAAGCACAUUUGUGAUGUGUAUAAAAACGCCCAGUUAAAGUGACUAAUGUUCUUUGAAUUCUGAAAAAGAUUUCAGCCAGUGGAAACAGGGUGUCCCAGAAGUCUCCAUACAUGUGGGAAAUUACCACUAGCAAAAUGUCUUGUGGAAUUUUUUGUACCUAGUUUAUAUAAUAUAAUUAUGUUUUUAUUCAGAUAGCCUUUAAAAGUGCUUUUUGAGAAAAGAAGACUCGUGUAAGGAGACUGUUGGGGCUCCCUGUAUAAUUCAUGUUUGAGUGUCCUUCAUAAUUUAACGUUCCCUUGCUGUGCUAGAGCGAGUCCUUUUGAAAUGCCGAUAAAUUAAAUAUAUUUCACAAUU